GCAAUCUUUCAAUUUCGACACAAGAUCAAGCUGCCAACUGUCGCGAGUCGCAACGAGCUACGCGUAGAAGUCAUCAAGCCAAGGCCAGCCAACCAUCAAUGAUCUUUAUAAACAGAGUACUUGCGCUAUCGUACAGACCUUGAUCUAUCGACUCUCGUUACUCCCAAGGCAGCUUGCUCCAAAGUAACCAACCCCAGCGCUAUCAUCAUACGACGGAAAUGAGCUCGGAAGAAUCAAGACCAUUCAUCACAGCACGCUCCGUACUCGCACGUUCCGUGUACUCGCGGCGGCCAAGUCUCCCACCCGCUCUCGAGAGUUCAGCUAGCAGCGUCAGCCUUUCUUCUCCCACACUACCACAAGGCUUACCGUUCUACAGCGGCGUUGGUUCUGCUUACUCUGCCACCGCAGCACUAUCCUUUCCACGCAAACUUUCGCUUGACGAGGCUGCCACCAUGACAGAUUCCCAGGACCUACCCCAACAAGCCUCCGAGCCCGAACCGACGGACAAAGAGGACACGGCGUUGAAUGCGCGACUGCACCAGCAUCGCCAGCAACGCCAGCACUGCAUGCCCCUAGCAACAUUCCCACACGCAUCUAUCGAGCUCUCCAGGAAGGAUGCCCUCUCCAACGACGAGACUGCUCGCUUUAGCGCCAUCAAACACAUGUUGUUCUCUCGCAACGCCGCUAUCGCCAUUCAAGCCGAAGACAGCAGCAUGGACUGGGACGUGUCGGAUGUGCCGUCCAUGCCUGGAUCGGUCAGCAUGAUCAGCAGCGAAUCGUCGGCCAGCAUGAUCAGCAGCAGCGCCGAGAGCGGUGUUAGCACAGUGAAUACAACCUUGUCGAACGGGCAACUCACGAGUCAACUUCCCGGCUCACCGUCAGCUUUGUCGGUGCAGGCGGCAAAAUCAAGCGCCGCGACUCAGCAUUCCACGAUGCAGAUGCCGCCAAGCGUUCGGUCAGCCUCUUCGACGGGCUCGGGCGCUUCUUCGCAGACCGAAGACAUGGACGAAGAUAUUCCACCGCCGCUUUCACCGUCUAACGGUUCCGUCAAGAGUGUCAGCCUGCGGACUCCAGCACGAGAAAGCCGUGAGAGUCAGCAAGGCUCCAUCUUUCAAGCCAAUUACUCCAUGGGUCCAGUCGGAUCGCAGCCUAUUACCCCUCAUCUCGCACAACGUUCGCUCCCGACUUGCGACGGGAGCUCGCAGCUCGACGCCUCAUCUGACAUUGGCGGGCAGUCAUUCAGCACAUCACCUCGCGGCUCGGCUACAAUCAGUCAGAGCCUUGGAUUGGUCCUGUCCGACUCGCCUCUCGGCACUUUUGCCACGGGUGCCGACAAGGGGAACGCGCUUCCGAUGCAGAGACCCUCGGCUGCAGCCAUCAAGCGAGCCAAGCGUUCUUCUGCGCUCUCGCCAUUAAAAAUUGCACCUGAGUCAGCAUUCGGACGGCCGAUCCAGCCGACGACGCCAAACGGGUCCUUCAUCCCGUACGCGCGCGACGGUGCUGCCACUGGCGAAGCGAGAAGCCCUUUCGAGCCACCAACUCCGUUCAGAACCACGAGUAGCAUGAACGGAUUUCCUUUUGGCAGUGCCAGCUCCGUCGAUGCUAGCGAUCGCAUGCCUUUGCCUGCGUCCACAAGCCUCCUCGCUCGCAGCGCCAAGCCAUCGCGAAGCGGAUCGCUGAGCCCUAUCUCUGCGGACUUUGCAGCUGUCGUCUCGUUGUCGCAAUCUAAAUUGCGAGACGGCUCACAGUCUCGCUCUCCAUCACCUGCUACCAACAACGCUUCUCGCCGUGCCAGCUUGAUGGAGACGCCGAGCGGUAGCUCGAAGCGCGCUGCAGAGAUGCACCGGAGCUCUCUGAGCGGCCCAACUCGUCCCAAGCUCAUCAAGUCGAAGAGUUCAAUGGGCAAGCCGUACGUGCCAUCGUCGCCUUACUCGCUCCCAAACUCUUUGCAGUCAUCCUCUUCCGGUGUCUUUCGCACAGUGAACGCAGCAGGCCAGUCGGUCGCUGGAAGCCUGGCACAACCCUCCGGGAUGCCGCUGUCUGGUCUCGUCAAGCCGCUCAUCACGACGACUCCGCCGCAACCGAGCUUCGAACUGCCAAACGACCAGCUGUCCGGCCUUCCAGAGCCUCUGACCGAUGCGCUUCUGUCCGCCAAAGCAGCUCCAUCGGCCAUGGCAAAGGUCCCUUCGGUCGCCUCGCGCAUGCAGAACAUCGGCAAGCCCGUCCAGCCGCAAGCAAUACCGAUGGACCGCUCACAGUCCCUGCCCGUCUACCAGACCGUGUCCGCUCGCCAUCUUGCGUACCGCCAUCUUCACCCGGUUUUCGAGGCGAACUACACUCUCGGCCACGAGCUUGGCAGCGGUGGCUUUGGAUUCGUCGUCGCAGCUCGCAGGUCGCAGGAUGGUCGGCCCGUUGCAGUAAAGUUCAUCUGGAAGGAGAAGGUUCCUUCUCACGGAUGGGUGCGCGACCCACAACUCGGCAUCAUUCCCAUGGAAGUGUUUGCCCUCAAGGUCAUUGACCAUCCGAAUGUGGUUAAGUUCAUCGAGCUCUUUGACGAUGAUGACUUCUUCUACCUCGUAAUGGAGAUGCAUGGCUCGCCGUGGAAAGCUCCCGAGGCGAUUGAUGACAAGAAAAAGACUGUGGCCUUGCCGCCGACAUCAGAGUGUCUCAGCCCGCCACAGCGCCAUGUUCCGAUGGAGCGCCGCUCUUCUUGCGACCUCUUCGAAUGCAUCGAGCAGCACUCGCGGCUGUCGGAGGAGCAAGCGCGAUGGGUGUUCGCGCAGGUCAUCGAGGCCGUCUGGCAUCUGGAUUCCCUGGGAAUUUGCCACCGUGAUAUCAAGGAUGAGAACUGCGUCGUCGAUUCUGACUUCAAUGUCAAGCUUAUUGACUUUGGCUCCGCCGUUGUUUCGGACCCACGCAAGCCACCACCAUACUUCAACCGCUUCUUUGGCACGAUGACUUUUGCCAGCUCGGAGAUCCUCCAAGGCAAGCAGUACCGCGCGCCUCAUGCCGAAGUGUGGAGCCUUGGCGUCCUGUUGAGCAUUCUGCUCAGCGGGCAAUGUCCAUUCAGCGACCCUAGCGCCGCAAUCAAGGGCCAGAUCAGCAAACCCAAGGGCAUGUGGACCAAAGAGAGUCUCGGGCUGAUGCUGCGUUGCCUCGAGGUCGAUCCGGAUCGCCGUGCCACGAUUCAAGAGCUGCGCCAGCACCCGUGGGUCAGCAAGGCCUGGGAGGUUCCGGGCCGCUCCCGGCCUGGCUCAGUCUAAACCAUGACGAGGCAUGCGGGAAGUGCGUCGUUGGUUUUUCUUCGCUUCUCCUUGUCAUAUGGGCAUUCGAUUACCUUUCAGUCUUCGACUACGACAUCACUCUGGAUACCUCUACGUGGUAUGGACCGUCCGCCAUGCCAUGCUCCUUGCAUUAGGUCAUUUCAUUUGCUCGAACAGAACAUCAUACAUUAUCGGACUCAGAAAUCUGGCGCA